AGUUGACAACCAAAUAGUGCAGGAUGGUCCAAGUCAGAGCUCACGAGCUUCAAAGCAAGAACAAGACCGACCUCCUCAACCAACUCCACGAGUUGAAGGGUGAGCUCGUCCAACUCAGAGUUGCCAAGGUAGCUGGCGGCUCAGCUUCAAAGUUGACCAAGAUCCACUCAGUCCGCAAGUCAAUUGCUCGCGUUCUCACCGUCAUCAACCAAAAGCAACGUCAACACGUCGCCGAAGCUUACAAGGGCAAGCGUAUUCCUUUGGAUAUGCGCCACAAGAAGACUCGUGCCAUCAGACGCCGUCUUACACCAAAGGAGCAAAACGCUAAGACUGUCCGUCAACACAAGCGUGAAAUUCACUUUGGCCGUCGUAAAUUCGCCAUCAAGGCUUAAAAAGUUUAUGAAUGAAUGGCUUUAUUUGGUUGAUCAUGCAUAUUUGUUAAAUUUCUGUUGAUUUUAUCAGUUUAAUAUCACAUUUGAGAAGUUUUUCACGCCAAUUUGAUUCAUCGCUAACUGCUUUAGUAGCAUCCUCUAUUACUGUAAUAGAAUGUCCAUUAAGCUGGCCAUCAAUUGCUGUCGCUUUCACGCAAAAAUCUGCUGCUAAUCCCGUAACGUAUAUCGUUGAUGAUUCCUUGAGUAAAUGUAAUAAAUUGUGAGAAGAGGCGUUAAAAGCUGAGUAAGCGUCUACAUCAAUGUUGGUACCCUUCUCCAAGUAUACUACUUUAUUAGACGUGCUAUUCAGGGAUGAUUGUAUGUCCUCAUGUAAUUCUGCACCUUUAGUGUUGGCUACGCAAUGAUCUGGCCAAAGCUCUUGUAUCCUACCAUCUGGGAGUGUUAUGCUACUAAAUGGCUCUUUGUUAUGCCUUGAUGCGAAUGAAAUGUGAUUAGAUGGAUGAGCAUC